AUGCUUAUUGAAAAACAAGAAGGAUUAGAUCAACAAACCAAAACUAUUAAGUUUUUACCGGUUAUUUCUCAGUCCAUUGACCGCGUAGUGGCUCGGGUUCCUUCCAAAUCAAACAUAAGGAAUAUAAAUAAGCAAGAGGUAAAACAAAAAGCGAGUAAAUUGAUACAAAUUUUCGAAAGUUUAACCGAGGAGGAAAUAGCCAUAUUAAAAAGUAAGUUAAAAAUUUUGGCAAAUAAAUUAAUAGAUAAAUAUGCUCCGCCUCGAAUUAAAAAUUCUCCAGAAAUUCGCCAAAUAAUUAACUCCUCAAUUAACCUAAUGAAUGCUCUUGGUGAUGAAAAACUAUAUAAAGACUUUAUCAAUAUAAUAGCCAAGAUAGCGAAGUCAGCCAUUCAAAAUCCACCAGCAUUUGAAGGGGCAAAUUUAUCAACCGUGUUCCAAAUAACUGGAACGGAACAAGAAGCAAAAAACCUAAUUAGAAAUUAUACUCAACAUCUCAAUAAAUUAGCCGGAGAAGGAGAAAGAAAUAAUCUCUCUACGGAAAGAGAAGAAAGUAUAAUUCAAAGGCUAACUGAAAAUAAUUCUAACCCUCAGCCAAACCAAGAAGAUACAAGUUUAGAAAAUAUUUUAAAGGAUAAUUUCUUUACUCAGGGAUUAAAUUCCAAUGUGAACCAAAUAGGGAACUUAACUGAACAAGAUUUAUGA